AUGACUAACAAUGUUCAAACACUCCAAGAAGAGCAAUGGGAUGAUAAAGUAUUUGUUUCUCGUCAGAAGGAGAUAGUAAAACUUUCUCAAAACUUUGCAGAUGCAGUCGAUAAACUAAUAACAGAAAAGCCAUUUAUUUUUGAACACCCAGAAAUAGAAGAAGAAGAAUACGAAUAUGUUGAAGAAGAAGAGGAAAUAGAAAUUAAUAAUCUUAACGCAGACUCUUUAAUUAUAAUUCACCAAAUUGUAGUGCUUCAACAAGAUAUAGAUAGACUUAUUUCAGGUUUAUCACCAAAUCUAAUCCAAAAGAAUCAAUAUAUUGCAAAAGUCGUAAAUCAACUCCAUAGCCUAUCAGAUUAUAUGGAAACACUACGAGUUCGCGCAGAAAAUCUACUUUCUCCUAUUUAA